GUUUGCGCGCCGGUAGCCAAUCCUGUUCCGUGCCAUCCAGUUCCGACAGAUAUUUUCAGACACCGGUAAAACUAUGCCUGACUCAGGGUGCUCACGUCACGCCAUUCUCCGGGUUUCUACGCCAAUUCCGACGGAAUCCAGAGGAGCAGGAAGAGACCGGUUCAGGGAGAAAUCGGGCGACGACUGGAGGAGCUUCGACAAGGAAGAGGAUUAAAGCUUCCAUCUAUCUCGCUGCUAUCAUAGUCGCCGGUGAGAAUUCGUGGAUCGUUUCAGAUGGGUGUGCUGGCUGGAAUUGGGCGAGGAUGGCAGCUCAUUACGUAACCGAUCGUGACGUAGACUGAAUGCCAAAAAUGCCCUCGGUCUCAACAUCAGCCGUAAAACCGCGAGCGAGAACGGAUUCGGCUUCUAGUCGUCGUACAUAAAAGAAUGUCAGCCACUCUCAUCGGCAAUACCGCCCCCCACCCGAGCACCGAUGGACCCCUCUGCCCACGAUAAAGCCCACCUCAGGCGCGGCAAGGCCUGCUAUCACUGUCGAAUCAGGAAAACGAGAUGCGACGGUGCCCUCCCGUCGUGCGGGCCCUGUGUGCGUGCAGGAUGCGAGGACGAUUGCGAAUACCUCCACAUCGGCGAGAAGGCGCGGGUGCAGAUCAUCGAGGAGCGGAUACUGGAGGUGGAGGCCAAAAUACGACGAUAUACGAAAGGCAAGCGUCAAUCUACAUUGAAGGGCAAGGAGAAGGCCCGAGCCGCCUCUCCAUCGGCCUCCUCGUCGUCCUCGUCCUCUGCUUCACUAUCUACGGCGACCUCCGCAUCGUCGCGCAGCUCGUCAUCGAUGUUGUCCUCGCCCUCUACAAGCUCUUCGGUGUCUUCCCUCCAAUCUCAGAGCCCCGCCUCGUUGUCUCCGACCUGCCCUUCCCCCUGCCUGUCCCCAGAUUUGACUGGGUCCGUCCCGCCAGAAGCGUUCGCCACAGUGAUUCCUCUAGAUGUAAUACAUCUGUUCUCGGACACUUUCUAUGAUCACGCGACCGACUUUGGCUUCUUUCUGGACGAGGCCGUGAUACAGUUCCGCCCUGCUGGCGAUCGCCCCAGCUGCAUGAGCCCGGCCCUCACAGCCACGAUCUAUCUGCUCUCGGCGCACCUCUCGGCACAUCCGAGCGUGGCCAAACUGGAGUCCUUCCUCCUCAAGACGGCGUGCAAUCUCUUACCGAAGGAGCUUGCGACACCGGGUGCCAACGUCGCUGAGAUCCUGCAGGCGGAGCUACUGCUCGCUCAGUAUUUCUUUGCGCUGGGCCGCAACACCGAAGCGCGGUUCCACAUGUCCGUCGGCUCUGGUAUCGCGUUUGGCUGUGGGCUGCCCGAUAAGGUGUGUCCUGGGCUCGAUGCAAUAAGAUCACGGGCAGCCUAUCUAUUCCUGCUAUCCCUCGAUAACGCAUGGUCUGCGGCACUUGGCUACACCCCUCACAAGCCGCUCUCUGCAGUGCUCCAUGGCUCUAACUGCGAUGUCAUGAACAGUAUGUGGACGAUGUCCGGGUUUCCGGGGCAACCUGUCCUGGUCACCAAGUCCGUGACGCUCUGGCAGGGCGUAGAGGCCUUGAUUACCACACCCAUGCCAUUCGGCGAUCUCCUCGAGCGAUCGGAAAAUCUGGAGAAGCUGAUUCAGCUGUGGUUACUUGAGCUGGAUUACUACGAGACAGAAACCCGGGACACUGGCGCGCUGAGCCGUGUGCUUCUCUUUGCGGGAACCGUCACGCACUACGCGUUCAUGAAGCUGCGCAGAUUGCUGUGGGCCCGCGAGACACCGGAAGACCACUUGCAUUCCGCCUGUGCGAUUCUGCGCAAAAUCAUCGCCGCGGUCGAAAAGGGGCAAAUCACGUACUUGAACCCAUUGAUGGGCAAAAUUUGGUACGGUGUCUACGAGCUCGUGUCGCACGAGAUCCGCCAGCGAGGGCCGCUUGGUGAGGACACCGCCGAGCUGGCGAUGACCCUGCGCUCCGGGCUUGUCGCCAUUUCCAGUCUAUCUGACACCUGUUGCUUUGCGCGGGAGUUUUCAGUCCUGCAUGUACCAUCAUAAUUUCCGCUUAGAGGAUAUUAGUAUAGUGUCUCUGCUUCUGCUGUAUGUAACAUAGUGUAGAACUGAUUUUCUUUGUUCCUGUAAGUGCUAGACUCAGAAGGCCCUUCCUUUCGCGCUUGCUUAUCACCUGGAUUUGAUGCCUGAGCCUCAGGCGGCGGCUGGAAUACCGGCUCGGUUCUCCGACACCGCUCUCUCUGCCUCCGGAUUCGCAACCUUACACAUCACAUCACACGCGUGGAAAGCAAUCUCAGAUCUGGCCCAAGGACUGACCUUGACAAGACAUGACCUUCGAUCGACCGCUUACUAGAUGCCGACGCUGACAAUCCCUUGGAACGGAGAAUCACAGUGGUAACAACAGGGUCCUGACAGGCGUGGGGAGUCCAUCUCCG